AUGGGUUUAAAAAAAUCCGAAGCAAACGUUUGGUACGACCCUAAGUUUGGGGUUCCUCAAAAUGAAGACCAAGACAUGGUCAUGGAUGAGCAACAAGGGGGAGUUGCUGAAGAGGGUGGUAAUGGAGAUAGAGAAGAGGAAGUAGAGGCUGAAGAAGAAGAGUUAGAAGACGAAGAAGAAGAUGAAGAACAACACGAAGCCCCUACUGUCCAUCCCUCAGAAGAGCAAUCUCUACGUGCGCUACUCUUAGAAAGCAUUGCUCUCUCUAAAGAGCAAAUUGCCCUUGGCAAAGAGAACAGAGAACACAUUCUUGAAAUGUGCGAACGACUUGAAGAAGUCGCAAAUGAAGUCGAUCUUGUGAAGCGCGAUCUUGCCGACCUCCAAAUCACGGGACUUCCUCAUUUAUGA